AUGAUAUAUGAACACAUAAAAUCGGCAAUAAAUGCAGCCGCUAUGGAGGCAUUGGGAGAACAAGCAGCAUGCAACAACAACAAAAAAUUUUGGUGGAAUAAUAACUUACAGGAGCAGAAAAACCAAAAACAAAAAUUGUACUUCAAAUGGCUACAAACUAAACAAGAUGCGGAUUACUUAGCUUAUAAACACCAAAGAGCAAAAUUUAAGAAGAUAAUUUUGGAAGAGAAGAAUAACCAAUGGGAAAAACAAUGCCAAGAGUUAGAAAGCUACAUAGGAGGAAGAAGAACAUCAGAAUCGUGGAAAUUCAUAACUUCCAUUCAAAAUAAUAAGGAGACCAAGCUAAAACUUAAUGUAAUUGCGAAAGAUAGCUGGAAAGAAUAUUUCGAAAAAAUGUUAAAUGAACACAGAGAUGAAUAUAAAUUACAACCAGAAGAACUACCAUUUAAUUUAGAAGGUGAAAAAAUUAACAUCGAAUUAGAUCAAUUAAAAACGGCAAUUACCCAACUAAAAAAUAUAAGAUCAGCCGGCCCAGGAGGAAUCCCCAAUGAAUUAAUAAAAUGUGGCACACCAAAACUUCACAAUAUCAUUAAAACACUCUUUGAAAAUUGUAUCAAUGGUCAACAAAUACCACAGGAAUGGAACGAAGGAUGGAUAACUCAAAUACAUAAAAAGGCGCAAUUAACAUAUGUGAGAAUUAUAGAGGUAUUUCUGUUAACUGUUCAUUGUAUAGACUCUAUGGCAAAAUACUUAGCACAUUAA